ACAUAGAUGAAAUGAAAAUUGUUUUUUUUCAGCAAAAGAGGGGAAAGUGGGAGCGCGAGGGGGUUGGAGCGCGUAGACUAGAGAUCAUGUUACAGUUUCAGACUUUUCACGGCAAGUUGUGGGGGAGGGUGAAUCUGUUACUUUGAUUUCUUUUUAAUAGGCAUAUCCAACAAAAACAGCGGAAGGAAUAGUUCCACUUGAUUUUAAUUGAAUAUCAUGCAUGCAUCUUUUCGUUUUUUGGUGGCGAUCGGAUUGUGUGUAGGGAAUUCCAGUGACAAAUCAAGGACUACAUGACAAAAUGCUAAAUGAAAAAGUUCGGGACUGUGUGAAAACUGGGAAAACGCUUCGUUUCAUUGUAUCAUAAUGUUACAUUCGGCAUCAAAUGAACAAGAGCACUUCGUGCUAUUUUUAUUAACGGUUACUUUUUAGAUUACUGGAAUACAAAGUAUAAUUUUUUUCUUCCUGGAAACAAAGUUGCACCGUUGAAUCUCCAAGAUGUCUUCCCGUGGAUGGAGUUCCAUUGUUGGUGGGUUGGGGAUGUUUUGCGUUUGGGCUGCCUCCUUUCUCGUUACUCAUGCGGUAACGGUACAGAGAAACGAAACAAUUUUCAAUGAUUUCUGCAAGAAAACUACAACAUGUGAAGUGCUUAAAUAUAAUACAUGUCUUGGGUCCCCACUACCGUACACGCACACGUCUCUUGCCUUGGCUGAAGACUCAAGUACCCAAGACGAAGCAUUUGAGAAGUUGGCCAUGUGGUCUGGUCUGAGGAACGCCCCUCGCUGCUGGGCGGUCAUCCAGCCCCUGCUGUGUGCCGUCUACAUGCCCAAGUGUGACAACGGGCAGGUGGAGCUUCCCAGCCAGCACCUGUGCCAGGCUACGCGUCGCCCCUGCAGCAUCGUGGACCAGGAGAGGGGCUGGCCCAACUUCCUCAAGUGUGAGGAGAUGGACAAGUACCCCAUGGGCUGCACGAACGAGGUGCAGAAGCUGAAGUUCAACACUUCAGGACACUGCGAAGCCCCCCUGGUGAAGACAGACGUUCAGGCCAGCUGGUACAAAGAUGUGGAGGGCUGCGGCAUCCAGUGCAACAACCCCCUGUUCACCGACGAGGAGCACUCGGACAUGCACGCCUACAUCGCUGUGUUCGGCACCGUCACCCUGCUCUGCACCUUUUUCACUCUGGCCACCUUUCUGGCGGACUGGAAGAAUUCAAACCGUUACCCCGCCGUCAUCCUCUUCUACAUCAAUACCUGUUUCUUCAUGGGCAGUAUCGGCUGGCUGGCUCAGUUCAUGGAUGGAGCUCGCAAAGAGAUCGUGUGUAAGAGUGACAACACCAUGCGUUUAGGGGAGCCCUCGUCUACCGAGACUCUGUCGUGUGUCAUCAUCUUCAGCCUCGUCUACUACUCCCUGAUGUCUGGGGUGAUCUGGUUUGUCAUGCUGACCUACGCCUGGCACACGUCCUUCAAGGCCCUGGGCACCACCCACCAGCCCCUGUCGGGCAGGACCUCAUACUUCCACAUGGUCACAUGGUCCGUCCCCUUCAUCCUCACUGUGGCUAUUCUAGCCACCGCUGAGGUGGACGGAGACUCUGUCAGUGGGAUCUGUUUCGUGGGCUAUAAGAACUACCGCUACCGUGCUGGCUUUGUGUUGGCUCCCAUUGGAGUUGUGCUUGUCAUUGGUGGCUAUUUCCUCAUACGAGGAGUCAUGACGUUGUUCUCCAUCAAGAGUAACCACCCGGGUCUUCUGAGUGAGAAGGCAGCGAGCAAAAUCAACGAAACAAUGCUAAGACUUGGUAUAUUUGGGUUCCUGGCGUUUGGCUUUGUCUUAAUCACGUUUGGCUGCCACUUCUAUGACUUCUUCAACCAGGCUGAGUGGGAGAAGAGCUUCAGAGAAUAUGUGUUGUGCGAGGCCAAUGUGACGAUCGCUCAUCAGACCAACAAGCCGAUCCCAGAAUGUACUAUCAAGAACCGUCCCAGUCUACUGGUGGAAAAGAUUAAUCUGUUCUCUAUGUUCGGCACGGGCAUCGCCAUGAGCACCUGGGUGUGGACCAAGGCCACGAUCCUCAUCUGGAAACGCACCUGGUGCAAGGUUAUCGGCCGUAGCGACGAUGAGCCCAAGAGGAUAAAGAAGAGCAAGAUGAUAGCCAAGGCCUUCUCCAAGCGCAAGGAGCUACACAAAGACCCGGAGAAGGAGCUGUCCUUCAGCAUGCACACUGUCUCUCAUGACGGGCCAGUAGCUGGCAUCAACUUUGACCUGAACGGGGAGCCAUCCAACGAGAUGUCUUCAGCCUGGGCCCAGCAUGUGACCAAGAUGGUGGCCAGGAGGGGCGCCAUUCUACCGCAGGACAUCUCUGUCACCCCUACAGGGACACCUGUUCCACCGCCAGAGGAGAGGAACAAGCUGUGGAUGGUGGAGGCGGAGAUCUCCCCUGAGAUGAUGAAGAGGAAGAAGAAGAGGAAGAAGAGGAAGAAGGAGGCGCGUCCUCUGGAGGAGCUGGCCGAACACCAGGGCUACCGUCAGCGAGAGUUUGGCACCAGCUCGGUGCCACGGCUACCCAAGCUGCCCGGCCACAGGAGCCUGGUGGCCAAUCUGAGGCAGCACCAGGAGGCUGAGGACGUCCUUCCAGGCUCUUACCCAGAGUUUAGGCCCUCUCAUCCCCUGCCCUACCAGGAGAGGUACGGAGGAGCCCUGGGGGCCUCCUCUAGCCAGAGGAGCAGGUACCCUGACCUCAACCCCCUCUCCCUCAGCGACCUGCCAGAGGACCUCGGCCUGGGGCCUCGCUGCCGCCCCCAACAACCACCCCUCUCCUUCUGGCAGCCCAAUGGAGCGUUCCACUACUCCGGGGAGGUGGCGCCUAUGGCAGGGCUGUCUGGGAGGACAGACCACGUGGGGAGGUCGCAGGGGGGUCAAAGGAGGGCGGAGUGGGGGCAGAUCCACUCUAGAACCAACCUGAUGGAGGCGGAGCUUAUGGAUGCUGACUCUGACUUCUGAGAGCAACCAUGUGUGGUUGUGGGGUUUUCUGGGGGUUUUUACAGACUGUGAGAGAAAAGUGCUGGAUACUUACACUUAUGGUGCUCCCUUGUCACUGCCCAACAGUCAAGAUGAAACAGGACUCAAGUCAAGUUAAUUGGUCAGAUCUGUUUCAUUUAAAGGGAAGGGCUAAAGGAGAACUGAUCUGGCCAGUUUGGGUCAUCAGGGUGAGCUUCAUGAAAGCUUCUUGGCUUAUGUCCCACUGGGCACAAACUGGUUGAAUCAACGUUGUUUCCACAUCAUUUCAACCCCCCAAAAUCUAUGCGAUGACGUUGAAUCAACGUGGAAAACUGAUUGGAUUUGAACGUGAGGGCAUUUCAUAUUUUUUUCACCCAACCUUUAAAUCCUAUGACAUGGUGACAUUUGUUGUUGAUUUCACAUUGAACUGACGUUAGUUAACAACUCAACCAAAUGUAAAUCAAAACUAGACGUUGAACUGACUUCUGUACCCAGUGGGGUGGCUCUGAAUGUCUCUUAACAAAUCACAGUAGCUACACUUUCAUAAAAAUGUGUUUAAAAAUCUUUAAAAUCUAUAGCUGCGUUUAGACAGGCAGCCUAAUUCUGAUAUUUUUACCACUAAUUGGUCUUUUGACAUCCUUUUCAGAGCUGAUCUGAUUGGUGAAAAAAAGAUCAGAAUUAGUCUGCCUGUCUAAAUGAGCUAAAUUAUUUGAAUAAAGCACUUUUCUGUUCUACAAGUGGUCUGGGUCUAUAGUUGUGGAGAGAAAUAGCUACAAAGCUUUUCGGAAACGCCUCCCAGACUCGUCAAUGCUGUGUGACUUACCGAAAAUAAUUCCACUUGUGGCAUUGGUCAGAAAACGGACAUGAUCACCCAUGUUGCAACAACUAACUUCUGUUGUCAGAAACAUUUCAUUGAAUGAUGGCAGCAGAAGAGGCAGCUCAACUCUGAACGAAUUGGAUGAGGGUCACCAUCACUGACAUGAUCCCGGGUCACUAUCUCUUGGAUCAGAUAUCACUCUUGUUGAUUUCAGUCUCAUAGCCAUUCAUUCAUUAUAUGACUUCCAAGACUCUUCCAGGGAUCUUGUCGUUGCCUGAGUCAUUUCAUGCAUCUUAGGGUUCAUGUAAGUAGUGUAAAGUGGCUUCCUUUCCUUGUCUCUUUUCCACGUCAUUGCUGACUUUAGAAAACUGGACCGGUGAAAACUAAUUCCAUGUAGGCGUUCUCCAUAUCGCUUUCAACUAGCCUGUGUUAAUAAACUAAAUAUGACUAGAUCUGUAACGAUGGAGAGGAAGCCACUUUAGAUGAUUGACAUGCAGCCUCAUAUGAUGCAGAAACUAUCAGGCUCUGGAAGUUCCAUGUCUUUGUGUAUCAUCGUCAACUAGUAGUCUGUACUUUUGUCACAAAAAUAUAGAACUGUUUUUAUAUUGCCUGGUGCAAUCACACAGAAGUGAGCUUUUUUCACCUGAGGAGAAAGAGAAUUGAUUAGGUUUUUAUACCAGUGGAAAUGAAAUACACAACUGAGUGGGAAUCAAUCACUUCAUUUCUUGAAAGUGUUCUUGCACAUGUUAGCUACAUCAGUUAAAUUGUUACGUUUUUUUUCUGUACAAUUGUAUUAAAAAGGGUUAUUUUUUUACUGUAGUAUUUCCACAUUGUGUUUUACUCUAUUGGCAGCAGUGCUUGACUUGGACUGAAAUACAGUAGGUGCCGGUACUCAUUUUACAUGCUGGUACUGUUUUUAUUUAGGUGCAGGAGCUCCACAAUACUUUUCAGCUAAUAUUCUAGAAGAAGAACAGGCAGUAGAAAAAUGUAAGAUGCCGGUACUCAGCUCCGGUACUCAGCUCCGGUACUCAGCUCCGGUACUCAGCUCCGGUACUCAGCUCCGGUACUCAGCUCCGGUACUCAGCUCCGGUACUCAGCUCCGGUACUCAGCUCCGGUACUCAGCUCCGGUGAGCUCCUGCCCAAGUUAAGCAUACGUAUAGACAACCUUGGCUAUACUUUGUUGAGUUUUCUGUGUUUUUAUUGUAUAGGACAGUACUAUAUAUUGCGUAAUGUUGUCCUAGAGUUGAGCAAAACACCUUUAUUCUAUGCUUGUAAUUAUCUGCUACAAUUUCUAAAGGCACGUGUCUUGUGCUUCUCUCUCUAUGUGUAGUGCACCUAUUCAUUUAUUGGGACCUAGGACGCAGUGGAGGCUGCUGAGGGGAGGAUGGCUCAUAAUAAUGGCUGGAACGGAGCAAAUGAAAUGAAUGGUGGUAUUUAAUACCAUUCCACUAAUUCCACUCCAGCCAUUACCACAAGCCUGUCCUCCCCAAUUAAGGUGCCACCAACCUCCUGUGCAAGGAUGCAGCAUACUUGUACAAUUCUAAGUUGUUAGACUGUAUGUUUGGUUGGUUUUCCAUGCUGAGGUACAUUACAGAUUUGCUCAGCAAAAGGGAAAAUUCACUGAAGCUCGUGAUGUAGUUGUACCGAUGCUGUAACCAAAGUAAUUUAGUAUUAUUGUCUUUGCGUCACACUCACAACAGUAUAAAGAUGGUGCCAAACUAAAGAUGUAGAAUCUUAAUUUGAUCAACCUGUUGCAGGAGAAAUGUAAAACUUGUACUGCAUUUGAUGUUUAAAACGGCUUCUGAAGUUACGAAAAAUGGAUCCACCGCUACAAAAAUGGUCAUUAAUUAUAAUCCACAUAAUAACUCACAUUUCCUGUUGCUGCAGGAUUAUGUUUUUGCUGUAGCAAACUGGCUCAAAUUAAGAUCCUACAUAUGUAGUGUCAAUGUUAUGAUAGUCCUAUUAGCUAAUGUGCUAUGUGUAUCAGAGAUUAUUUAUAAAAUGUCCAUGUCUGGAAGAUAAAUUAAGAAAGCUGUAAAGCACUGCAAUGAAAAUAACACUGUAACAUUUGCUUAAUACAUUUGGACAUUUCUUGCACCAUCAGUGCAAACGAAUGUAAAUUUCCAUUUAAAAAAUGGUUUUGUGAAAAGACAUCAUCAAAAAAAGACACAUCAUAUCUAUCAAAUGUAUAUGAUAUUUCUCAUGUUGGAUACUGACCAGCCAGUUUAUUCCAUGGGAAAUGAACCUUGAUAUACUUUUUGAGGUAUUGUGAACAUUCUCAGAGUUUUCUUUUGCUGUCAAAGAGAAUUAAAUACAGUCCAUCUCUUUGUGGGUUCUUUAUAUUGGCAAAAUUCAUUUCCCUAUUGUCUAUGUAGCUUACUGCUGUUUCUCUCCACACUCAUAUCUUGAACACAGAACUGUAUUACUUUGAUCAUGAAGCUGUAUUUUUGUAUAAUUAUGUAAAUAAAAGGAAACCUAGAA